UAACAAAUGUAAUCAUAUCUCUAUUUGACCAUUGUACUAGUGUACACCAUAAUAACAUAGAAAUACAACAACAAAAAAGUUAACUUUUGUUGUUUUUUUCUUUCUAGAUAGUUAGUUUAAAGAAUCAGUUCAGAGGAUCAGUGUGCAUUUCGUUUUCGUUAAUACUAUUUAUAAUAAUCUGAACUGUUGAAAUAAAGACUAAAGGAAUCAUAUCACUAUCAUCACUAUCAUUAUUAUUAUUAUUAUAAGGAGUAGUAAUAAUAAUCAGAUAAAGAGAUAAGCACACAUACUCUUUCAUAUAAUAUAACCAAUUUUCGACAAUUCCUUUCUUUUUGUUUCUAAGACAAUUCUUGUCAUUUUGAAUAAACAAAAAACAAAAAUAAAUUUUUUUUUGUUUUGUUUAAUAAAACAAAUAUGACUGAAACAGCCCAUACAUCCGAUUCGGAAAUGGAUGAUCCAAAUAAAAUUACAGAUGCUGUAUCAUGUUUAGAUUAUUUAAAACGAAGAGAAGUAUUCCUUUAUAAAAUGAUGAAUGAUCCAAGUCAUAAAGCAAUGCUUUAUUUUCUUGAAGUUCUUAUGAAUUCUGAUAGUCCUAUCACUGUUGAUCAAUUAGCAGCACGUUUUUCGCAUAAAUCAUUCAGUGUAGAAAUGCGUGAUGCAUGUGGUGGUGGAAGCGCUGAAGGUUUACGUGAAUUUUUACAACGUUAUCCUUCAUUGUUUAAUGUAAAACCAAAUGGACAAGUGACAUCAGUCACUAUUGAAUUACCUGGUUUAGAUUCAAAUUUCGGUGGUUUAUCCGAUCAAGAAAGUUGUUCAAUAAAAGAAAGCGGUCAGAAAUCAAUAAAUGAAAAUUUAUCCAGCAGUUCUUCUUCAUUACAAAAUUCCUCUUACAAUUUCGAUUCUAAUUACUCAUCAAAAACAUGUCCAAUACCAUGUGUGCAAAAGGAAUAUACAUAUAGUCAAUUUCGGUCUAAUCGAAAACCCAAUCCUACCAACACCAUUAAUAAUAAUAUUAAUCAUAAUAUCAAUAAUAAUAAUAAUAAUCGAUUGAAUAGUACAAGUUGUUUGUCAUUGACAUCUGAUCAGUCAAUUAGUUCAUCUAAUGGACCGUCUAACUUUGUAAAAAAUUCAUCUGCUCAUUCAUUAGGACGUAAAAAGUCGUGGAAUAACUUCUCUAGUGGUGGUAUCGACACAACCAGUUACAAAAAUGUUGCUAAUAAUACUACUACUACUAAUACUAAUACUACUACUACUACUAAUAAUAAUAAUAAUACUAUCACAAACAAUGAUAAUGAUGAUAAUCAACCACCUAUUGGUUUAUCUUCGAAAAAUCCCUCAACAUUACGAGCAAAAGCUUCAAAUGUUUACCAACCACCACAGUUACGUAAUCUUGAACAUAGAACCUCAUUAAUGUUAUCAUCCGGUUGUGAAUUAUGCUCUUCUUCAUCGAAUGUCCCUACUACAAUUAAUGGUAGCAAUUAUAAUGCCUUACUCAGUAAUCAUCAUGAAUUCUCUACAAUCACUAAUGGAACAUGUAUACACUGUCCACUGAUAGAAUUAACCUGUCACCAUCAUACACAUCACUGUACAACUGCACAUCAUCAUUCAUCUUCAGCGCAUUGUCAUUGUACAACCACUCCACUGACAGCGAAUCCAUCAGCUCCAUUAUUUCACCAUAUACAUGAUCCUAUUCAUAAAAUAUCACCAGCACAAACUACUUUACAAUCUCCAUCUAUACUAUUACCAAACUGUUACAAUUUACCAGUAAUGGAGAAAUUCAUACUCGAAAGUGAAGCAGUACACUUUUUUCAACAGAAAUUAAUUAAACGGGAAGAACGAUGGAUACCGAUUAAAAGUUUAGCAGGACAUUUAUCGCAGGCUAGUCCAGAAGUUCGUGCUAUAGUUGGUCCACAGUUGGAAUUUCGACGUUUUCUUUUGAAACAUCCACAUGUUUUCGAAGUGCAAGGAGAUUUAGUUAGUGUAAAAGAUCCGUUCGCUGGUGUUUUUGGGUUGAAAAGAUCUCACGAUCGUCCAUCAGCUAUUCACUCAAGUCGUUCAUCAUCAAAUCUAUCUAAUGCUGCACAAAGUUAUCUACCACGUAAUAUACCGUAUGAGAGAAAUCCCCGGCCCAAAUCACUUGUUUUACCGAAUAUGGUAAAUUUUGGGCAUUUAUCAAAUGUAUCCGAUGGUGUUGGCGGUUAUUAUACACCAUCAUCGUCGAUUCAACGAUCCAAUGUUGGAAGCCGCCAUCGCCGUUCAGCACAUUUUCUAACUGAUAAUUCAACAAAAUCUCCUCAAAAUAAAACAUUAACUGAGUCAGAGAAUAUUAGUUCAGUGCCAGCAACACCUGUCAGUUCAAAUCUUCUAUCAGAUAUCAGUAGCCGACUGCAAACAGAAAGAAUAGAUGUCGACAAAUCAACUAAUAACAUCAAUAAUAAUAACAAUAAUAGUGAUGGUGUUAGUUCAACUUCAAUGACAGCAGCAAAUGAUACAUCUUCAUUAACCAAUUCAUUAUCUAAUGUUACAUUGAACACAAUGAAUAGUAUUAGUUUAACUAUGUCUGCUAAUGAAUAUCGAGCAAUAAUGUUUUUACGUAAAGUAUUAGAAAAACAUGGUGGUUCAGCUGGUCAAUCUGGUUUAAAUUUACAUGAUUUAAUGCAAUUUAUAACUAAUAAAGCAUCUGAAACUGUUCAAACAACAAUUGGUUGGACUAAAAUUGAAUUAGAAGAAUUUUUAAAUCAACAUAAUUUAUUUUUUGAAUUAAAAUUAAUCAAAGCAUCAUUUAAUAAUGAUGAUGAUGAUCAUGAUCAUGAUCAUGAUCAUGACAAUGAUGAUGGAACCAAUGAUAAUUCUAAUCACCAUAGUGAUUAUUCACAAAUGAAACAACAAUGUCAACAAUAUAAAUAUCAACAAUUAUAUAAUUCAAAUAUAAAUUCUAUUAAUGUAUGUAAUAAACGUUUAAAUCGUAUGAUUAAUAUUAUAAUUACUGCAUCAAAACCAAUCGAUUUAAAUGGUAUACGUACAUUAACAAAUCGUUGUGGUAGAAUAUUUCAUGUAGCUAAAUUAUGGGGAAUUAUUGAUUUAGGUAAACAUGAACAUGUAUUCUUUGAUAAAUCAAUAUUUCGUCAUGUAGAUGAUUUACAAAAACAUUUUAAAGUUGAUGAAAUUUUAUAUUUCAAUGCUGUUCUUGCACCGAAAGAAUCACGUGCCAAAUGGCGUGCAACGCAUGUUUGGAAAGAAUGUGAUCGUGAAAAUGUUGAAAAAUUUGGAGCAUUAUCUCAUAUGAAAAAAUUAAAUUCAUUAAACAAUAAUCGUAACAAAACACUCUUACAUAAUAUACAAAACUUUUAUGAAUCCGAUAUAAAUAAACGUAAUGGACAUAACAAAUCGAGAUCACGUGAAGUUGCUAUCGGUACCAUGGAUCAUGAAGGAAAUAUUGGUACUAUGGAAACUACAAUUUCUACUGCUGCUGAUGAUGAUACUGAGGUUGAAGAAGAAAUUGAAGAUUUUAUUGUCGAAACGUGUACAAAUAAUAAAGAAAGAGAGUUGGUUAAAUCAAAUCUAAAUCAUCUAGUGGAUAACGAUUCCGACUUAGAUUAUGCUUUAGCUGGUGAUGAGGAGAUUGAGGACGAUGGGGAUGAACCAUUUGUUUCACCGAUAGCACAUGAAGAAGGUUUACAUUUACCAAUUGAUAUAAAAUUUAUACCAGGUGAAGUUGAAGAAGAAAUGCAACAUGUGCUUAAUUUUCAGUCAAAACACAAUCAUAAUAAAACUGGCAUCCAGCCAUUAUCAAAUUCCAAAUCAUCAUGCCUUGAAUUAUACGAUUCAAGUCAUUCAACAGAAUUAUGUAAUCAAACACAAUCGGAACCAUGUUAUAUAAAAAACAAUGGUAAUCAUACCAUAACUAUGAUUAAUAAUAAUGAUAAUAAUUAUAUUUAUAAUGACAAUAAUAAUGAUCACAAUCGACAUCAUAGCCUUGUGACUUCAUCGACUGAAUCUUCAAUGAAACCAAUGAAAAAUACCCUAAAUCAUUUAACAAAAGAAGAUAGUGGAACAUCAAGUUCAUUAUCUGAAAUGAGUGGUGUAUCUAUAGCUGUUCAAACUGUCUCAACAGGCGAUAUAAUGACAACUCAAUUAUAUCAUGAUAAUAAAGUAUAAAUUUUGAUAUCAUUAAAACAACUAUCAGUCAUUAGUAUACAUAUACAUUACAUUCAUCAUCAGGAUAUAUUUACAUUGUUAAAAUUUUGAAAUCAAAAUGAAAGAAGAAAUUUCCCUUUUAUAAUUAUGACUUUGUCUUCAUCUAUUCACAUUGCCUAUUCAAAUAAAACGAUGCAUUUUCACUGUUUCUAAUAUUCUAUCGUAUUUUAUUUGUUCCAUUGUUGAGUAUACACAAUAUUGAAAAUAUAUUUAUUAUAGGCUCUUCUUUAUAUUCACUUAAAUGAUUUGAUCUGUUUGUGUCAUGUUCUCUUUGUUUCUUGUUUUAUGUAAGGUUAAAUUUUCCUAUUUUUCCCCAUUUUGGAAACUUGUCUACAUCUUGUUCAUAUGAUGGAUAUCAGAUUAGACUAAAAAGAUCUGGUUGGAAAUCUUUAGUAUUAUUUAUAUAUAUAUAAAUAAAUAAUGACAUACUACUAAUGGUACUAUCUGUUAGUUUAUUCAUUAAAUAUCCCUUUCUAAUUAAAGUAUUUUUAGGUGAUGAUAAUGAAUGCUAAUUGAUUCAUUGAUAAUAAGAAUCACCUUUUAUCAUGUUCUUUUUGAUUGUUCCUAUUUCUCGUUCAUGAUUAUGAUUAUUAGUUUUAGUUUUGAAUAAGUUCAAGCUAAGUAGAUCAUUGUUUAACGAUGACAUAUGAGAUUGAUAAAUGUGAUCUUCUCUUCGAAACUCUUUAAAAUAUCAUAUUUAUGUACCCAUAAUUCAAUCUUAUUAUGUUCAUUUAUUGAACAUCAGAGAAUGUAAUUUACAAUGAUUAUUUCUCACAAGGUUAUUAUCAUUGUCAGAGUGAUCAAACUGCUAGUAAUCCAAUUAUUCAUUAUUUAUCUAUGUACUAUGUGUGUGUGUGUGGAGGGGGGUUUGUGUUUGUUUUAUUGAGAACAUAAACGUACUCAGUUCUCAUAUUUAUUUAAGGUUUCUUCCAUUUAUCAUAUCUUAAAUCUCACAGAUUG